AGCUUGGGGGAGGCGCUUCUGACGUUGACGUAUGCGUAAAUCUGAUUUGUUGUCCGCAGCGAGCUGGGCUUCCGAGAGGAUUACACCAACUAAAAAAAAUAGACUGCAACUAAAACCCUAGACCCGACAAAUUACAAUUCACAUCGUACCCACACACAGCUACGGAGGAACCCGCGCCUUGUCCUCGUUGAUAAGUAGCUUUUGGAGAUAAACAUCUGCCAGGAUUUGCUCAGGAAAACAGCGGACUCCAAGCGAGCAACGACUUUCUGUAUUUACCAUCCGCACAAAAAAGGGAAACCCAAUACGUUUCGGGGAGAGCUCAGUGGCAACAGAGGAUAACAUGAGAAAGAGAAAAAAGUAUUCUGCUUGAAUUUGGAAUACAACCUCCCUCACUGGACGGAUAUUUUUUAUGUUGCUCUUACAAUUGAUUCGGGGUUCGUAGACUUCAUAUAAUCGCUGAAUUUAUACACAAUUUGCAUAUAAAGGACACGAUUUGUGUAUCAAUUGUCAACGCAGAUUAAUAGUAGAUCCUGGAGUUCGUGGUUUAUUUAUAGGGAAAGGACCAACGCUUUGUGUGCCAAUGCCAACGGCAGAUUGCAGGUUGCUCCAUCAUGGUCGGAUCAUGAAGUGUCUGACUUUUUUACUCUUACUUCCAGAAACACUGAAAAAGUCUAAAACAACUGGGAAACACACAAGCAGGUUACCAGUAUGCUAUGAUAUUCUAACCCUGACCAUUAAGAAGAAUAUGGCUGCAGAACUGUACCCUGCGACCACCAACAGUACUACGGUGACCAGUACUGACAAGAAAAGCAAUGUGCAGGUCACCCAGUCAAAAACCACUGCAACAACACCGACCACCCAGCAAAACAUAAACAACAACAACGUCGAUCCUCCGAGGUGGCAGUCCUCUCACCCCACGCUACGGGAGAGGAAUGCCUUGAUGUUCAACAAUGAACUCAUGGCCGAUAUCCAUUUCAUUGUUGGUCCCUCUGGUGAAUCUCAGAAAGUGCCAGCGCACAAGUAUGUGCUGGCAGUGGGUAGCUCGGUCUUCUGUGCCAUGUUUUACGGGGAUCUUGCAGAGGAGGAGUCCGAAAUCCAUAUCCCAGAUGUAGAACCUGCUGCUUUUCUAAUUCUGCUGAAGUACAUGUACAGUGAUGCGAUAGACCUGGAGGCAGACACCGUGCUGGCCACCCUGUACGCUGCCAAGAAGUACAUUGUACCAGCACUGGCAAAGGCCUGCGUCACCUUCCUGGAGACCAGCCUGGAGGCCAAGAAUGCCUGUGUGCUGCUGUCCCAGAGCCGUCUGUUUGAGGAGCCUGAGCUGAUGCGGCGCUGCUGGGAGGUGAUUGACGCGCAGGCCAAGCUGGCCCUGGGCGCCGAGGGCUUCUGUGAGAUCGACCUGCAGACCCUGGAUAUCAUCCUGCAGAGAGAGACCCUCAACACCAAGGAGGUGGUGGUCUUUGAUGCUGUCAUGAGUUGGGCCACAGCAGAGUGUAAGAGGCAAGGACUGGGGGCAACCACCCGCAACAAGAGAUCUGUCCUGGGCAAGGCACUCUACCUGGUGCGCAUCCCCACUAUGACCCUGGAAGAGUUCGCCGAUGGUGCAGCCCAGUCAGACAUCCUGACACUGGAGGAGACGCAUGACGUCUUCCUGUGGUACACAGCGGCCACCAAGCCGAAACUGGUCUUCCCACUGGCACAGAGGCAGGGCCUGGCGCCCCAGAGGUGCCACCGCUUCCAGUCAUCAGCCUACCGGAGCAACCAGUGGCGCUACAGGGGCCGCUGUGACAGCAUCCAGUUUGCAGUGGACAAGCGGAUCUUUAUCGCUGGACUGGGCCUGUACGGGUCAAGUGGCAGGAAGGCAGAGUACAGUGUCAAGAUUGAACUGAAGCGUCAACGGGUGACCCUAGCACAGAACCUGACCAAGUUUGUAUCGGACGGAUCAAGCAGUACAUUUUCUGUAUGGUUUGAAAACCCGGUUCAGGUGGAGCAGGAUGUCUUCUAUACGGUGAGUGCCGUGCUGGACGGGAAUGAGCUGAGCUAUUUCGGCCAGGAGGGCAUGACAGAGGUGCAGUGUGGAAAAGUGACAUUUCAGUUCCAGUGCUCCUCGGACAGUACCAACGGGACUGGGGUGCAGGGGGGACAGAUCCCAGAGCUGGUGUUCUAUGCAUAAACUGGACUGGUCAUAUAGGACAAGUAGAGGACAUAUGGACUGUACAUCCAUAUGUUCAAGCCUUAUAAAUAAUGUAGCAUUAAGACACUACGGUAUGUCACACUAAACAAAAUACUAUUUUUAAGUGAAGGAAUGUUGUUUUCUUAUUUAUUUUUUAAACGGUUAUUUUAAUUGUUAACUCUGCAAAAAGCACCCUUGUAAAAAGUCGUAUUGCACCGUUGUUGUUUUUGUACAUAAAGUACGGUUAUAUGGUUUGCAGCUUGAUGCUGAUCAAUCCUGACGUUCUGUGCGAGAGCUUAUGAACCUGCAGAAAAUCAUAAAAGUUAUGCAAGAUAAA